AUGCAGGAUAAUAAAAAAGUCCAAUAAUUUAUUCUUUAAGAGAAAGUAGGUUUUGGAGCAUUUGGUGAGGUUUAUAAAGCAAUAGAUGAAAAUACAAGUAAACACAUGAUUUUUUAAUAUCAUUAGGUGAAAUCUUUGCUAUCAAAAGAAUUUUCUCUGGAAGGUCUUAAUAGAUUGAUCAAUCCACUAUUAGGUAAUAGUAUAAUAUUUAUUUAUAGAGAAAUAGCUGCUCUCAGUUCUUUAAAAGGAUAAAAUCAUAUAGUUCCUUUAUAAAAAGUAAUCUUUGAGAAAGGAUGUGUUUAUAUAGUUUUACCAUUUUACCCAUAUAAUCUUUAUGAACACAUCAAAUAGAACGAUGAUAUCAAUUAUAAAAAGGUUUUCAAGCAACUUCUGCUUGGAGUGUACAACAUUCACAAAUUAGGUUUUAUGCAUAGAGAUUUGAAACCUUUGAAUAUACUUGUUGAUGAUAACUAAAAUGUUUAUAUAAGUGACUUUGGUAUAGCCAGAAUGAAUUUUGGUCAAUGUAGAAAUUUCAAUUCUAAUUGUGAGAAACAUUCUUAUGAAGUUAUUACAUUGCACUUUAGACCACCUGAAAAUUUAUUGGGUUGUGAUAAUGUAAUAUUGUAUUUUAUUAUUGCAAGUAUCAUGUAUCUGUAGAUGUAUGGUCAUUGGGUUGUGUAUUCUAUUAAGUAGUUAUGAAAGAAAUACUUUUUUAUGGUGACUCUUAAAUAGAGAUGCUAUUUAAAAUAUUCUCUAAAUUAGGUACUCCCAGUGCCUUUAUUGCACCUUCUCUUUGUAGCUUACCUUUGUUCAAUGUAAUAUUAUUAAAUUAAUUAGGAGGCUGCUGCAUUUCCUCGAUUUUAUCCAACUAAGUAUCUGUAUCAGGAAGAGUUACUCUCUAGGAUUGGAUAUGAAGGAGCUGAUCUAAUAGAUAGAAUGA